GAGGUUGAAGAUAUUGCCAGUCGCAAGUCAACUAUUGAAGCCUUCGUGUCAAUGGCGCUUCUGCCUUCGAUUCCAAUUUCUUCAGCCCCAAAGUUUCGGAUGAAGUUGUUUCUAGGCCAACCCUGUCAACUCCCAAGGUGCUCAGCAAUACAUCUUUCCCAGCAAACGCUUGAUACCAGAGCUAGUUUCAUGAAGAUCUCAAUGGCCGAUCAUAAUGAACCUGAUGAGGUUAAGAUGCAGAUUGGAAACAUGAAGGAGAAGCUUAGAGAAAUGUUGCCAAUCUCAGUUCAAGAAUUUCCUUGGAGUAAAGCCGAGCAUAAACUUGUAGAUAGGCUGAUUUCUCUAGCAAGAGAGGCGUUGAAGUGGUCCCUUGUUUUAUUUUUUGUCUUUAGCUCUAUAUCAGACAUUGUAUAUACAUUAUUUAUAAAUCGUGAGCUAGUGAUUCCCACAGGCCUCUUGGUUGGCUGCCUGACGGCUGACUUUUUGAAGGAGACAUCGCAAGAAUUGUUUCAUACCUCCAAGGAUAAAGGUUUGAACCAACAAGUUUUGGGGAUAUAUUGCUUCUUUGUGCUUGUUAAGAUCAUCUCAGCAUUUUUUGGAAUACAAGCUCGAGUUUUUCUUUUGCAUGUAGCAAAUGGUGGGCUGAUGCAGGCACUGUGGUAUUGGAAAAGUUGGAGGGAAACCACAAAGGAUCAAGAGGAGGGUACUUUUUCCUCCUCUGCUGCGGAGGCUUCAUGAAUCACACGAUAUCUUUCCAUUAUAUCUUACCCAUGCGUACUUGUAUUUGUACAAUUUUUGAGCUCGUAUUUGUACAGAUUGCAUCAUGGGUACUAUCUUUCCAUUAUAUCUUACCCAUGCGAUCCGUCAAGAUUUGUGCCUGUUUCAGCUGCCCUGCCUACAUAGCUCAGAAUUUGGCCCCCUUACGAUUAGCCACUUCAAUAACCUCACUUGUUAAUGUUGGCAAAUUUUGUAUCCGGCAUGCGCCCAGGGAAUUUAACAUUA